AUGGCGCCAACAUCAAAUAUCCACGCUCGAUCACAUAGUCUGCUCCUUUUACAAAAGCUCCUCAACCUGCGUGAUGGCGCAAGUCCUCUUACCCUCGUGAUCGACAAUCUUGAGCAGCCUGCGCGGCCAGUUCUUCGUGAAUUUGUAUCACGAGCAAAAAUCGCAAAGACACAAGUCAUCUUCUUGUCGAUGGUGACACUCAAGAAACCACAAGAUGCAGAUGUUUUCAUAAAGGCUACGGGAAGAGACCUUCAAGCGGUUCGAAAGGACUUGCUAAACCAUUACCCUACGUUCAACCCUUUGGUAGACAAGGGAAAGCCCACUCAAAGGGCCGUCGUGAUUAUAGACUCACUCAACGCUCUCGCUUCUGCGGCUCCGCAGUCGCUAGCAAGCUUCUUGUCAAGCAUCAUCACACCCGCUGUCUCUAUCGUCGCUACAUAUCAUGAUGACGUGCCUAUUGUACUACCACGAUCAUUCAGCGAGUAUGAGCCUCAUCCUCUGACAGUCCUAUGUCACUUGGCCACAGCAAUCCUCAGACUAUCGAGUUUGUAUCAAGAGAUUCAACGUCAAAAAGCUCGGAAUCGAAGUAUCCAGGAGCCAGAAUGGGGUCUGAAUGAAGAUCGCGAGGGACUGCUCGUCGGUCUGGGGGAGAAGGGCAAGGAUAGAAACGAAGACAGCACUGGAGUUGUCAUCUUUAUGGAACUGCGACGACGAAGCGGAAGAACCGUAUCCGAAAAGUUCAUUCUCAAUCCCAAAGGUUCAGCAACAGCAGCUCUACCUGGCAAGGUGUGUUUGCUUACAGACCAUCCUAUGUUUAUCACAGCUACGGAUAGUGGUAAGACUGGCGAUGGAGAGGAAGGGCCCGAGAGUACUUUCAACCUUGGCUUGACGGAAAAGCAACGCAAGGAUAGGGAGGGUAUUGUGCUACCCUACUUUGAUGCGCAAACAGAUAUUGGAGCAGGCGAGGGAGGAAGGAUUCUGUACGAAAUGGGUAGAGAGGAUGACUUUGAUGACGAAGAAGAUGAGAUAUGA